AUGGAUGUUCGAGAAGUUGAAGAUGUGGUUUUACUGGAAGAAAUCAAAACAACAGAUCCUAUAUUAACAAGAAUCGUCAAUUAUGAGCCAUUUUCACAUAUAAGUCCCAAAUUGAAAAGUUCCCCCAUUAAUGAAUUACCAGAUAUCAGAACACAAGAAGCCUUGGUUGUUUAUGAUUUGUUAUGUGUUAUGAGAGGUCUUGGUGGUAUAUAUAUUCGUUUUAAUAAAGAUUAUGAUCCUCAUAGUGGUGAAGAACCCCAAUUUCGAUUAGUUAAAAAAAUGGAUGCAUCAUUGAAGUCCUUUUGUAGUAAGAUUGUCAAUUUAGGGAAAUAUUAUGUUAUGUUAAGAAAUGCUAGUGAACAAUGGUCAGGAAAUCAAUAUGGUAUUGUCUUACAGCGACUUGGUUUUGAAAUUAGAAGUUAUCUGAAUGAUGUAUAUUUAAAAUUUAUUCAGGAUGAAUUAGAGUCUAAAUUUAUGGAAAAUAGUCGUUUUUCAUUGAGAGAAUUUAAACAAAUUGUAAAUAAUAGUAAAUUACAUCAAGAGAUGCAAAUCCUAUAUCAUAUAAAAAAUAAAAUUGAUCAAGAAAUGGAUAUGAGAAAUAAAAUUGAUCCUGAAAGGGUUAAGUUUUCCAACUUGUUAGCCGAAUUAAAAGGUAUCAAUGACAACAACAACAACGAAUCAAACCAUAGCACAUCUGGUAUGGACAAUACGCAUAAUGAAGAUAAUACCUUAGAGGAUAAAUAUUCUGUGUUUAUCGAUGGAGAUUAUUUCCCAGUGGCUAAAGGUGGAGUAAUUAUCAAUGUGAUAGCUUCGGUGAUCAAUGAUUGUCUUGGGGAUCAACAUGCAGUAAUAUUUAUGAAACAAUUAUUAGAAGCAAUAAGUGGAUCAUAUUGUGAUACUUUACAUCAAUGGAUGAGUCAAGGUAUAUUAAAUGAUUCACAUGAUGAAUUUAUGAUCAAUGAUACAAUGAAACAUUUUAAUGGUAUAAUUAAUAACCCAAUUGAAUAUGAAAGGAUAUGGUUAACCCAAUAUUGUGUUAAAAAAGAUGGAUUAUUAAAUAAAUUUGCAAAUGGUAAUAAUAAAGAAUUAUUAUUUAAGAUAGUAAUGACAGGAAAAUUAUUAAAUUUAAUCCGAACAAGUUUACAAAUGUCACAAUUACCAAUUCCAAAUAAAAUGAAUGAAAUUAUGUUACCGAUCACAAUAAUCGAUAUGUUUGAAGGUACAAAAUUUGAAUUAUAUAUCAAUGGAUGGUACCAACGUGCAAAUGAAUUAAGUUUACAAUUAUUUUAUGAAAAUUAUAAGAUUCAAGAUAUUUUAAUUUGUUUACAGCGUCGCUUCUUUGGAUAUUGUAAUGGACAAAUUUUUCAAAAAUUAUUACAUAAAAAUCUUAAUGAAUUAACAAAGAGACACAAUUUCGAACAACGUCAUUUAAGUAAUAAUAAGUUGAUUCAAUUUUUAAGAGAUGAAAAACAAUUAGAGAUUAAUAAUAAUGAUAUUAUUUUAUCUCUAUUAAGUGUCACAUAUGAUAAAUAUUCAUUUAGAGAGAAUAUGUUAGAAGCAAAUGAACGAUAUAAUUCAUUUGAAGAAAAUUUUAAUGAAUUGAUUGAAAACAAGGAAAAUAAUAAUAUGAAUAAAUUUACUACAGCUUUAUUACAAGAUAUUAAUAAAGAUAAAAUUUUAAAUGAAAUUAAUUCCAAGAAUGAAUUAAAGAGUAAUAUUCAUUAUUUAACAUUUGAUGUAUCCAUACCAUAUCCAAUUAAUGUCAUAAUUAAUAGAGUUAAUAUAACACAAUAUCAAACGAUAUCCAGAUAUUUUAAUUUAAUUCAAUAUCAUAGUACAUUACUAGAUGAAAUAUGGCUAGAAAUUAAUAAGAAUAAAAUUUGGAGAUAUACGGGAUAUCCGACAGAUGUUUAUUACAAGAUAAUUAAACGUAGUCGAUUUAUUCAUAUGAAAAUGAAUCAUUAUAUUAAAUGUCUUAAUGAAAUAAUAAUAAGAGAAUCGAUUGAUAAAGAAAUGUCAAAUAUAAUGAAUGGUAAAUUUGACAAUAUAAUUGAUUUACAAAAUGAAUUAGAGAUUAAAUUAAGUAAUAUUAUGGGUAAUAAUAAUUUAUUACAAUUAAUGGAUAUUCAAUUACAAAUGUUUGAUAUAAUUCAGAUCUUUUGUAAAUUUAUUGCAUCAUUAAGAUCAAAAUUAUGUCAAUUAGAUUAUAAUCUCUAUGAGCGGUACAUUGCCAAAACAGGCAAAACCAGUAGUACCAAUACAAAUAAUCAAAUAUAUGAUGAAGAUAGAUCAAUUGAAAUAAUUAGACAAUUAAAUCAAUUUUUAUCGACUAUUCAAAUUCGAUUUCAACAACAUUUUAAUGUAUUUUGCGAAGGUUUAGACAUUUCAACUCAUUCAACAACCACAACGACAACAACAAAUGAACUUGAAAAUGAUGCUACUAACAAUGAUAGUUGGCCGUUAAAUGAGAGAUUAUUAAAUGCUUUAACUGGAGGACAACGUGUCUCUUGA